AUGUCAAUCACACUACUGCCCUCCCCGCUUUUGACCCCCAGGCUUUCAUCCCAACCUGAACCCGUCCGGGCACACUCCCCGUCCCUGCGAAAGAUUCCCCAACCGCCGCAAGGUCGUAAGCGCAGUUUUAUUGCAUGGGUGCGCUCCCAUGACAAAGCCGAUUAUCAAUGUGCGAAGGCGUUGAUAAGAGACCUCCUUCCUCGAGAACUCGACAUCCUGCGUUCAUGGGGUCAACAGGCCGAGGGCAACACGGAGCGACUGAUUAGCAAGGUGGUGGAGGCCUACCCGACUUUUGCGAAGUACGACCAGGCGUGGCCGAUCCUGUACUACUGCAUCCAAUAUCACGGAGACAUCCGAAGGCCUGUCAGCAGCGCCUUCAAACGGCCGCGCCGCGGCUCAAUCACGGUUGACGCCGACUUCAUACCGCCGUCUCGUAUUGAGGGGCUCUGUGGGCACCGCCAUAGUGCUCGUAUCAAUCUCGCGCUCGCUCUCAAGCAACUGUUAGCGGAAAGGGAGAGACUCUCCAGCCAGCCGACCGGGCCUUGUCCAAUACCACGCAAUCGCCCCACCGCUGUGAGCGAGGAACGUGAUCAUUCCAGCGCAGCGCCUGUUUCUGAAGACACCGCGCGGGUCGUCAACGUAGAGCCGGAUGUCCAAAGUCAAGGCAAGCAGGAAGUGCUCAGCUUCCUCCUGUUCGUGAACGGCACCUUCGCCUGCCUGCUAGACAGGUUCUGGUAUGCUGGAAUAACUAGCAAGGCACGCCUGCUGGCCAUGGCCGUCGAAUGGACCGAUGUUGAAAAGGAAGACUUUCUGCUCAAGCAGGUCCAUGCCGACCCAUUCGAGCGGAAAAUGCUAAGCACUGGGUUAGCUAAGCUGGCGGGCGGGAACGUAUAG